UGCUGUUCGCAGUCCUACCAUACGCAUUUUAUAAUAUGCUCGAACUACUUUUUUAUCCGUCGUGGCGCUAAGGCUUAUCGCUGUCGUAAGCGUUCCUUAUCAAUUGCAAWCCGUCUCUGGCGUCUCUACUUGCAGUCGUACAAUUAUUCUCGUCUUUCAAUGUAGCAUUUCACCUACGGCUAUUGUUCGUCUUCUGUCGGUCUCCGGGGCUUAAAUUUUCUUUUUUAAUCAUUUUUUCGCUCGCUCCUCGUCCCUAGCUACUGGACGAACCAAUCCACCGACGCUAUGUGGAGUCCUACGCACGUUCAAGUCACAGUUCAGAGGACCAGGGGUUUAAACUUCAAGAACAAAAACGCCAAAAAUGAUGUAUUUGUCACCAUUGGUUUGGGAAAAGAAAAGUACCAAACAUCACCAAAAGAAAAAGCUAUUGAUUCUGAGUUAACAGAAUGGCAUGAAGUUUGCGAAUUACAAAUYCCUAAACAAGGAAACACCGCAGAAUUAGUACUAAGUGUACUACACCGAAACUUUUUGGGACUAGACCAAUUUUUGGGGCAGACCACAAUUCCUUUGGCCGAUAUAGAUGUUUAUGAACGUCCAAAAAGCAUAUGGUAUCCUCUUAAAAGCAAGAAUGGACAAGAAAACAAAGAACGUGGUGAAUUACAAGUCAAAAUUGCAUUCACAGUUAAAUCUGGAAGUUUACGGGAUCUUAGCAAAAAAGAAAAACACAGAUUAUCUGUGGGGCAAUUAUCUAAUACAGCUUCUAAUAUUAGUGGUAGUUUGAUGAGUAUUAGUAGUGUUGACAAAAAAUCUUUUAAGAAACUAGCCAAAACUAUAACGGGCAAAAUUAAAAGAGAGAAAAAAAUUCAAGAAAUAUCAUCUUCCAGUAUUAAUUUAAGUGUGGAAAAUCCAAAUAAAAUAAAAUCUUCACAAGCUGGAUAUGAUGCCGAUCCAGGUGUUAUCAGUGACGAUGAUGAUUUUGCGCUCGAAGAUUUGUCACACAAGGGGUCAGCCUGCUCUUUAGAGACAUCUGGUCAAUCUGAUCACAAAGUUGUGAACACUUCACCUAUUAGUGGGUUAACAUUACAUAUUAAUGGAUCAGUUGAAAGUGUUAGUAACUCAGAUACACCGAAUAAAUCUCCAGUUAUGAACCGUUCACCAGUUUCACAAACACAAGACGAAUGGCAAAGAAAAUUGUACAAAAAUAAGGAUAAUAAUACAUUGAAACUUUCUGACACUCUCAAGUCAAAAUUGAAAGACGCUGCAGACAUGCCGAUCAAUCACGAUAGAAGUAAAGAUAAAAGUCCAACACCAUCUCUCAAAAAUAGCCCCAAAGUUCAAAAGAAACAUCCUAUUUCACCACUUGAUGACCGCUCUUUUAAUCAUAAAGAAUCAAACCAUGAAAGUGACACAUUACCAAAAAGCAAAUCAGCAUUAUCUUCAUGGAACAAAGCAUAUGAGCGUAUCAUUAUUGGAAAGGAAAAAGAUUCCAGUCAUCAUCAAAAUUCACAUUCGAAACACUCGUCAGAAGUGCUUCAAAAGUUUGAUGGCAAAACCAGAGACGACUUAAUCGAAAUGGUCCUUCAGUUGCAAAACAGUUUGCGUGAUGAGACCAAACAGAGAACCGACUUAGAGGAGUACUUGGAUAAGUUAUUGCUGCGCGUCAUGGAAACGUCACCAAAAAUCCUACAAACACCUUACAUUUGUUACAAGCGCAGAAUAUAGUAUUAUUAUACUACCAAAUAAUGGUGACAAGACAAAUAAUUAAUUUUUUUUUAAUCCCAAAUGAGAUUACUCUUAGGCUCGCAGACUAGGUGAUGGUACCGUACAACUGCAUUAUUAAUAGUGGAAAGCUUAUAUAAUAUAUUUUUUCAACCGUUAUAAAUAGUAGUAUUGUUAACAUUUCUUGUUUAAUUAACAUGAUUUAAAGUUUUAUACUAAUUACCGAAUUCGUGAUAUUUUUUAAACUGUAUUGUGUUAUUUUUGGAAUUUACAGUGUCAAAAGUGAAAAUAAUGUAGCCAUUUUAUAUGUGUCACAGUUAUUAUGUUAUUUUUCUAUCCUCUUGAUUUCUUAUUUGAUUAUCAUUUUAUGGUUCCCAUGUUAUUUUAUUAGACAAAUUAAUAUUUAUGUAUACAGUAUACAUAUUAGAGAUGUGUAACAGCUGAU